UCUGCUGGCUGCUGAGCCGCCCGCCCCGGGGCUCCGCCCGGCCCCAGCCCCUGGCCGCUGGUGGGCAACUUCGGCUUCGCGCUGCUGCCCGGCCCGCUGCGAAAGCGGUGGCUGCUGGGCGGGCGGGCCGGGCCGGGGGGCUCCCGGCCGCUCGCCCCGCACCUGCUCCUGACCGGCCUGGCCAAGGUCUACGGCAGCGUCUUCAGCCUCUUCGUGGGCAGCCGCCCCAUGAUCGUGCUCAGCGACUUCGAGGCGGUGCGGGAGGCGCUGGUCAGCCAGGCCGAGGUGUUCAGCGACCGGCCCAGCGUCCCCAUCGUGGCCAUGCUCACCAAGAAGAAGGGUAUUGUUUUUGCACCAUAUGGCCCGGUAUGGAGACAACAGAGGAAGUUUUCUCACUCAACUCUUCGUCAUUUUGGAUUAGGAAAGCAUAGCCUGGAACCCAAAAUCAUUGAAGAACUGAAGUAUGUGAAAGAAGAAAUGCUAAGAUACGGAAAAGAUCCGUUUAACCCCUUUCCUAUUAUCAGCAACUCUGUGUCCAAUGUUAUCUGUUCUAUGGCCUUUGGCAGGCGCUUUGACUAUGAAGAUGUUGAGUUUAAGACCAUGCUAAGUCUCAUGUCACGUGCGCUAGAGAUAAGUGUAAACAGCCAUGUACUUCUGGUCAACAUUUGUCCUUGGCUGUAUUAUCUUCCCUUUGGCCCUUUCAGAGAACUGAGACAAAUUGAGUUUGAUGUCACAGCUUUUCUAAAGAAAAUAAUUGCACAGCACAGGGACACUCUGGAUAGAGAAAAUCCCAGGGACUUCAUCGAUAUGUAUCUCCUCCAAGUGGAAGAAGAGAGAAAGAGCAACAGUGAGAGCAGCUUUAACGAAGACUACCUGUUUUUUAUCAUUGGUGACCUCUUCAUCGCAGGCACUGACACCACUACCAACACACUGCUCUGGUGUCUGCUCUAUAUGUCUCUCCACCCAGAAGUACAAGAAAAGGUUCAUACAGAAAUUGAAGUGGUCAUUGGGCGUGACAGAGCUCCUUCUCUCACUGACAAGGCUCAUAUGCCCUUCACAGAGGCGACCAUCAUGGAGGUCCAGAGAAUGACUGUGGUUGUUCCUCUUUCUGUUCCUCGAAUGGCCUCAGCAACUACUGUGCUACGGGGAUAUACUAUUCCUAAAGGCAGUGUGAUUGUGCCCAACUUAUGGUCAGUGCACAGAGAUCCAAAUAUAUGGGAGAGACCAGAUGACUUCCAACCAACAAGAUUUCUGGAUGAAAAUGGCCAGCUAAUCAAAAGAGAAAUGUUCAUUCCUUUCGGAAUUGGUAAACGUGUGUGCAUGGGAGAGCAGCUGGCAAAAAUGGAGCUGUUCUUGAUGUUUGUAAAUCUCAUGCAAAAUUUCACCUUUUUGUAUCCUGAGAAUGCUACAAAACCUGCCAUGGAAGGAAGAUUUGGUCUAACUUUAGCUCCAUUUCCAUUCAAUAUAAUUGUUUUGAAGAGAUGAAGAAACUUGAAAAAAGACUAAAUGAAGAGAUACUGCACUUAGCAAAUUCAGCUUUAUAUUUUUAUCGUUCUAAGCAGCAGCAGAGGAAGACAGCAGCAGCAGCAUUUUGAAAAUACUGUAAGGAGAGAGAUUAUCAAGACAUGCACCAGAUAAAGGUGAGAGCAGUUCUGUUUCUCCUGCUGAACCUAAUAGGAGAGCUCUCCCCUCCUCACGUCUUUCGUACAAAAUACUGUGGGGUCCACCUGGCUGAAGAGAAGCGGAUCUUCUUUUUCUCUUGUGCUCCUGGGAGUCCUGACUAGGGAGCUUUGCUUAUUUUGCUUAAUAUUAUUCUGCAUAUGUGACCAGGAUUUGAGUGUUUGUUUGGUAAAGUCUCCCUCAGGCAGAGCUGGGGUGAGCUCAGUGCAGGCGUUCAGUUCGUAUCUAUGAAUACUGAGCAAUAGAAUUUCUGUUUGGGUAAUGCUUGUUUUCAGCUGUAAUUGGCUAGUCCUGAAUAAUCUUCAGUCAGAUAAAGUUUACUAAGGACCAAAGCACCUCAUCUGUAUCUCAAAACCGGCUUUUGUUGCAGUGAUCUUUUAGCACAAAAUGCCAAAGAUGAAUGCACUUAAUUUCUUCUGAGGAAACAACUUAACCUGGUGAAUUGCUCAAAUAAACUUUGUCACAGUAUGUUGCCAACUGGUGGGAUUUUAUAGUGUCUCUCUCUCUCAAUAAUAAGUGUUUUUCUUAAAGUCCAGCAUUUACAUUCUUGUGAUUCAGAUUGUAAUUUAAAAAAAAUAAAAUUGGGAAGAAAAGCCUGAAUGUGUGAUCCAAGUGUAACCCAACAGACUCAAAACACUACAUAGAUUCGAAGGCCAGAAGGGACCAUUGGAUCUAGUCUGACCUCCUUUAUAUCACAAGCCAUUGAACUUCCCCAGAAUAAAAAGCUGCCCAAGCAAGCAUUUGAAAGCAGAUAAAAACACAGUAUACUUGUGACACCCUGACAUCCCAAUAUUCACCACUGUCAUGUAAUUAGGAUGUGUUUUGUACCAAGUAUGUCUUGUGAGAUGUCAUUCUAAAAGUCAAGUAUCAGAGGGGUAGCCGUGUUAGUCUGGAUCUUUAAAAGCAGCAAAGAGUC